AUGAGGAUUGUAAUUCUGAACGCCGACUCUAUCAAGAAGAAUCUUCAGAAAUAUGGUGACUUUGCCAGCAUGGCGAUCACUAUGUUGGAGCAAACGCGCGACCCAAUUGAUAAGGCUGAGUACGUCACAUUCGAUGUUUAUAAAGAAGAGUUCCCACCGUUGGAGGAACUAAAGGGUUGCAGUGGUAUUUACAUUACUGGAUCCGAGUUUGAUGCUCAUCACAAGAGUAUACCGUGGAUCAUUCGGUUGAGACAACUGCUAAAUACGGUUUUGACCACGGAGGGAUUUCCUCCUGUGGCUGGUGUAUGUUUUGGCCACCAAAUUGUUGCUGCUAGUUUGGGAUCUAAAGUCGACAGAAAUGACCAGGGUUUUGAAGGUGGCAUUGUUUCAGUGAAACUCACUGAAGACGCAAUUAAGCUUGGUCUACUACAGAAAGAAGACGAAAAGCCCGUUGAGACCGUUGAGAUAGCAGAGGUCCACAACGACAUUGUUUACGACUUACCAGAAGGAUACAAAAAUAUUGGCUAUACGUCAAAGUGUCCUAUUCAGGGACUUUACAAAAAAAUAAGGUGUUCACCUUGCAAGGACAUCCGGAGUUUGUGA